UGUUUUCCUGUCUGUCUGUCUGUCUGUCUGCCAUCCUCUCCAUGCCCUGCAGCCUGCCUGCUCCAGGCCGAGCUGGUGAAUUACGAGCGGGUUAAGGAGUACUGCCUCAAAGUGCUGCAGAAGGAAGGCGAGAACUUCAAGGCGCUCUAUCGAUCGGGAGUGGCGUUCUACCACCUGGGUGACUUCAACAAGGCCCUCUACUACCUGAAAGAGGCAAGAUCCCGCCAGCCGACAGAUACCAAUGUCAUACGAUACAUCCAGCUGACAGAGAUGAAGCUCAGCAGAUGUUCCCAGAGGGAGAAGGAAACCUUGUGAAAAUGAAGCCACUUCAGCUGAAGUGCCCAAGGGGGAACAUUUCCUUCGUAGAAGCUCAUUUGGUGGAUUUUCCUGUUUGCUCUGCCUCAUCCUCAUCUCAUCCAUCCACUCUCCCUUGCUCUUCAUUGAAUACCAGUUUUGAAAUGAAAGAGACUUGGACGCUGGAUAUGGCUGCUUGCCAACCAUGGUAAUACCCCUUCCCCAUGGCAAAAGAGCACAACAACUACAGCCAGCCUUGUUCCCAGACAGUGUCACACACCUGGAGUAGGCAAUGCUGAGGGACCUGUCUGGUCCUGAACUGCCUGCCUUUUACCUAUUAAGGAAGCAACCCCUAGAACAACAACUUCCUGACCAGGCAAGUUGGAGCCAGAGGGUUUCUGCUCUGAGUGAUCACUGGAGCUUGGAAGAGCUAAGAAACCAAGAGAGCCACUGGUCAUUCCACAGGGGACAGCAAAUGCCUUUUUACCAUCAGUUCCCUCUGCCUGCUUCUCCAGUGUGUGUUAUUGGUCUCCAGUGAGAGCUCACAUGCUCCCAGUCUAAUGUCAGUGAAAACUGUUUCUAAACAUCCUCUUGAUGAAAGCACAGAGCACCCUAUGAACCCCCUGCAGAGCUGUCCCAGUGCCAGAGGAGAAGGCUGUGGGCCACCACAGAGUGCUGAACGGACUGUGAAAGCAUGGUGUACAGUGUGAGGGAAAAACUGUGAAAUAAUUCAUUAAAGGCAAAUAAAAAUUAUUCAUAGGCAACAAGUCCGGGCAUUGCUUUUCAAAGGAGCCUCUUUGGUUCCCUGUGUCCAGACAGACAACAUUAGCUAGGGAAGGGGCAGCAUGGGGUGGGAAACAAGGGAUGUCUCCAUUCUUACCUUGGCUCUACCAAUGCCUUGCUGUGUGAUCUUGGGCAAGUCACUUUUAGCCUCUUGGUGCCUCGGUUUCCCUAUCUGUACACUAGGGAUAAUACUACUUCCCUACCUCGCAGGGGUGUUGUGAGGAUGUAUCAGUUAAUGUUUGUAAGUAACAGUACAGUGAUGUACAGUGCUAAGUAUUAUUAGUACAUUGGAUUGAGGUCUUGAUUCUCCCAC